AUGGCCUCGCGCGAAAGCAACCCAUUACGUCCGUAUUACGUCCCUCCUAUUGGGCUUUCUCCCAGCGAGAGCCUCAACGCUUCCUCAGCUGCUCACAUCACCUCCCAUGCCUCAUCAAGGACAAUCAUAGGCGGCUCGGCGAGAGAUCUGCUGUCGGAUUUGGAUUAUAGCGAUUAUCUAGAUGCGUCGCCGUCGGUGUCGGAGUGGUUCAGAGAUCUGCUCGAUCGGGCAGUAUGGAAAUACUCGAGUGCUCUGUUAGCACAGCCGUUCGACGUUGCGAAGACGCUGCUUCAGAUAUAUGUCGUGCCAGGCGAAGAGGAGACUCAAAAUAUACAUGAUGCUCAACGAAGGCAGAGCCAGCACUUUCGGGAUGACACUUCCGAUCAGGAUUCCCAAUCCUCAGACGACGAGAGCCAUUAUUUCACCAGCACUGCUCCAACAACACCCUCACCUUCUACUCCCAGGUCCCGUAAAUCUCGCCCCCAAAUAACCGACCGAGCUGGAUACAUCCAGCAGCCUCCGAUCCCCAAAUACUGUCUACAAAUCAAGAACCCCUCUUCCUUGAUGGAAGUCGUCUCUCGCCUAUGGACAACAAGCGGACCGACAUCAGUAUGGAAGGGUACUAAUGCCACAUUCAUGUACUCGCUCCUCCUGCCUACGCUCAACACUUUCCUUCGCAGUCUUCUGUCAGCUAUUAUCGGCUUKCCGGAGAUCGGGAGUGCGUCAUCACUCACUGAAGAUAUAUUGACGGUAUCUUCGCCGAGCGCUACAUUGAUUAUAACAUUCAUUGCCUCUGCACUGUCGUCUAUCAUCCUUGCACCCCUCGACACCGCGCGUACGUUUCUUAUCGCAACCCCGCUCACACACGGCCCUCGAUCAUUAUUCCGCGCGCUACGACUCCUUCCAACCCCGAAUUAUACGAUACCCACUCACCUCGUUCCGAUUACUGUCCUUCACUCCAGUCUACCCAGUCUUAUUUCCAUGGGCACGCCUUUAUUCCUCAAAAAUUAUUUCUCCAUUGACCCCGUUCUUAAUCCUUCUGCUUGGGGUCUAUUCAGCUUUGUGUCGAGUGGGCUCGAGCUUGCCGUCCGGUUUCCUUUGGAGACUGUCUUGCGACGAGCCCAGAUCGCGACUUUCACAUCACCGGCUCUGCGUCAGCGUGGCCAUCUCCGUGUCAAAUCUUUAAAGUCCUCGAAAUCCUUGAUCAAAACCGACUCCGAGAGCUCCGAAAUCGAAACAAUCGUGCCUACACCAAAAACAUAUCGCGGCAUCAUCGGCACCAUGUGGGGUAUCGUCUACGAAGAGGGCGUAACAACAGAAUCAGAGGACGAGGUCUCACAUAUAGUUGGCACACAACCCAGCCAAAAGCGACGAAGACCCGGUCAGGGCAUCCAAGGCCUCUAUCGAGGUUGGAGAAUGGGGAUGUGGGGAUUGGCAGGUAUAUGGGGAGCAGGCUUCCUAGGCGCUGCAAUGGGCAAUGGCGAGGAUGAGAUUGUGGCAUCUACGCCUGGCUUUGAGUAUCGCAAGGGCGGUGUCGCGCGACCUUUCUGA